GAGGCGGCGGAGCUGCGGCCGCGGGAGGGGGGGUGGGGGGGUGGGCGGUUCGGAAAAAUGACUCAGUAAGUGGAGGGCGCCCGCUCCGGCCAGCCCUGCGCCUCCCGCCGCCCCGGGAUGUACUCGUCCCCGCUCUGCCUGACCCAGGAUGAGUUCCACCCGUUCAUCGAGGCGCUGCUGCCUCACGUGCGAGCCUUCGCCUACACCUGGUUCAACCUGCAGGCGCGGAAGCGCAAGUACUUCAAGAAGCACGAGAAGCGCAUGUCCAAGGACGAGGAGCGGGCGGUGAAGGACGAGCUCCUGGGCGAGAAGGCCGAGGUCAAGCAGAAGUGGGCGUCCCGGCUGCUGGCCAAGCUGCGCAAGGACAUCCGGCCCGAGUGCCGCGAGGACUUCGUGCUGGCCAUCACGGGCAAGAAGGCGCCGGGCUGCGUGCUGUCCAACCCCGACCAGAAGGGCAAGAUGCGCCGCAUCGACUGCCUGCGCCAGGCCGACAAGGUGUGGCGGCUGGACCUGGUCAUGGUCAUCCUGUUCAAGGGCAUCCCGCUGGAGAGCACCGAUGGCGAGCGCCUGGUGAAGGCGGCGCAGUGCGGCCACCCGGUGCUCUGCGUGCAGCCGCACCACAUCGGGGUGGCCGUCAAGGAGCUCGACCUCUACCUGGCCUACUUCGUGCGCGAGAGAGACGCCGAGCAGAGCGGCAGCCCCCGCGCGGGCAUGGGCUCGGACCAGGAGGACAGCAAGCCCAUCACACUGGACACGACCGACUUCCAGGAAAGCUUCGUCACCUCCGGCGUGUUCAGUGUCACCGAGCUCGUCCAAGUGUCCCGGACGCCCGUGGUGACCGGGACGGGCCCCAACUUCUCCCUGGGGGAGCUGCAGGGGCACCUGGCCUACGACCUGAACCCGGCCAGCACCGGCAUGCGGAGAACCCUGCCCAGCACCUCGUCCAGCGGGAGUAAGCGACAUAAAUCGGGCUCGAUGGAGGAAGACGUGGACACGAGCCCCGGCGGCGAUUACUACACCUCGCCCAGCUCGCCCACGAGUAGCAGCCGCAACUGGACGGAGGACAUGGAAGGAGGCAUCUCGUCCCCCGUGAAGAAGGCGGAGAUGGACAAGUCGCCGUUCCACAGCCCGUCACCGCAGGACUCGCCGCGCCUCUCGGGCUUCACCCAGCACCACCGGCCGGUCAUCGCCGUGCACAGCGGCAUGGCCCGGAGCCCGCACCCGUCCUCGGCGCUGCACUUCCCCACCGCGUCCAUCCUGCCCCAGACGGCCUCCACCUACUUCCCGCACACGGCCAUCCGUUACCCGCCUCACCUCAACCCCCAGGACCCGCUCAAAGAUCUCGUCUCGCUGGCCUGCGACCCGGCCAGCCAGCAGCCUGGACCGCCUCUCCGCCCGGCGCGGCCCCUGCAAACCGUCCCUUUGUGGGAUUAGCGCCAAGGGAUCCGGCGGGCAGUUAUCAGGCGCAGUCCUGGUAUCUGGGCUGAGCACGGCCUUGUCCACGCCCUCUCCAUCAUCGCCCUGGGAACCUCGGGCGUCCUGCAGCUCCGCCACCCACAUUUUUCGGUGGAAAGUGAGAGUGAGCGAGAACUCCCAGCGUGGUCAUCUUCAAAGACAAAACACAGACACAGGAGGAAACACACACACACACACACACACACACACACACACACACACACA